ACUAUCUGUGCAUUUUAUCCAGCUUCUGAUCUUUCAUAUGAAGAAAGAAGAAUUGUUGAUGCUGUACUCUUUAAAAAAGGGGGUCUUGAUUAUGAAACAGAGAAAAUUCUAAAUGAUGGUCAACUUCUUAAGACCAAUGCACUUGUUGAUACAAGUUCAAACAAAUCACAUAUUGCACUGCUUGAUUUUCCAGCACCAUUGCUCUGA